AUGGAGAAUAUGUUAGAUAAUAAUGAAAUAAAAAAUUCUCUUCAACAACAAUUAAAUCAAAUUGUGGGAGAUCAAGAAAAGCAAUACAAUGAGAUAAAAUCUUAUAUAGAAAAUGAAAAAAAGCAGAUAGAAAUUAUGAAAAAUAAAACUAAAGAAAAAAAAAUGUCUAUAAAUAGGAUAAAUCAUGAAAUUGAAGCGAACACUGUAUUAGUGGCGGAACUAAAAGAAAGCGUUUUAGAAGAAGAAAAAAAAUUAGAAGAAUACCCUAAAUUAAUUGACGAAAUUAAUAACAAACUUAAUUUAAUUUUAAAGAAUUUUGAUUCAUCUAAAUUAGAAUAUAAGACUGUGAAGUUACAUAAAGAUUACAUUCAAAAUGAAUGGAAAAAAAAAUUAGAAACAUUAUAUAAUCUUCUAGGUUUUGAAAUAAUUCUUGAAGAUGAUAAAAUUUUGAUUGAAUUUUCAAAUAUUCAAGAAUCAGAACCUCAUAAAAAAUAUCGAGCUACAGUAGCAUUAAAUAAUGGAUCUUAUGAAGCGGUUGAUACAACACCCCGUAUAAAUAACUUUGAAGAUUUCGUAGAUAAUUUAAAUAAAGGAUUACCUUUUACUACUUUUUGUUGUCUACUUAGGAGAUCUUUUAAAGAAUUAAAAUAG